AUGGCGUACAACGCCGUUGCCCAGCUGGACGAUUUGAACGACGCCGCAUCCCAAUCCAGCGACUCCGAUGCCUCGCACGCGCCGGGCUCUCCGGUCGCUCUGGAGCCGCCCAUCGAGUCGAAGAGUGCCCCCGGCGAGCCUGUUGUCGCCGUUGCUCCUCUAGCAUCGCUCAUCAAUCGCACCGUCUCCCGCGACUAUGAAAUGGUCGAGGACGACGACUACGAGGAGUAUGCCGCCGUCGAUCCUAGCCUGAUCAGCCCGGCCACGAUAACGGCGCCAUCGCAGUCGCUGGCAACAGUCACGCCUAACGACGCACCGGCCACCGGAGCUCCAAUAGUCGACGCCGUGUCUCAUCCUGAUACUACUGCUACCACUACUGAAAAUGGACUCCCGCCAUCAGCCUCACCGGGUCCACUGGCGCGCACUCCCAGUGUCUCGUCUGUUGACCUGCGCCAUCCGACUCCCGAUCUACAGUCGCUACAAGGUGCUUAUGUAGGGAACAUCGAGAGGCUGGAAAAGAGCGCCGAGCGCCUCAGCAUGACUUCGUCCGAUCUCGGUGUGGAGCUACGCAAACUCGACAUGGAGCAAAAACGACGCGAGUCGACCUCGUCAUCAGUCCAGCAGGGACCCGAGUCUCCGUCGCGCCAGUUUUCCUCCACAUCUGUCUCAAAUUCCAUCAUCGGCCUCAAUUCCACUGCCCGCUCAGGCGGCUACUCUCCCGCCGCUUUUCUCACCUCGCCCAGAGGUUCCAUUUUGUCCGGUUCGCGUCUACGCUCAACCUCGCUUUCCUCGCCCUUGCAAGAUAUCCAGGAACCGAAACCGAACGAAGAUGCAGUACAGACACAUGAGGAUCAGGACAAAAAUGUCCAUCUCUCCUACGAGCUGCCUACACCCGAGCUCCUCCCCGAAGAUGGGACUGAAAGGCGCGAAUUACGCUUGGUCGAACCAACAGAUGAGAUCCCCGACAGACCGCUAACUGCUCGUUCAACCGAUACUUAUCAGCAAGCGACCAAUCUCUUCCUGGACUUUGACGGCGUGCACUUUGUACCACACCCGCGGGACCCCAGCCUCUCCCAUCAGCCUCCCGUGAGGAAAUCUAAGCGGGCCUCGACUGCGAAACAUUUCGACAAACCCCAGGCCGGCCAAGAUAUGAUUUACUAUCCCGCCCCCAUUCCCAAGAUCCUCAAUCUUCCUCAAAAGUUGUCAAAACGGCCGCAGAUCUCCGAGCACGAGAAACGUCGAACUCAGCUAUUGAACGACGCCUUGGCGACAGACAAGAACGAUGGGCACACGAUCGAUAAUCCCGCGGGCAAAAGAAUGUCAGAAAUUCCAGCGCAGCUACGAGCCAGUGCCUUCUUCGAUCGGCCAGCAGUUCCGCUUGAUGUCAAGAUCAAAAAUAAGUCGGCGGUGGAUACAUUGGAGAGCAUCCUGGAUGCGUCCGCUCGUGCGCCUGUCACCGCAUUUGUAGACCAUCCGAUUGUCGGGAGUGCCGGAAGAGAGGUAUAUUCUACGGUGGAAAAGAAGCGUUCAUCCCGAAUGUUAGGCGAAAAGAAAGAUCGGCGAUCAACGCUACAACCUCAUGAUGGCCUUGACAGCCAAAGUUCUCUUGGCCCAGUCCACUCCGAUGUGGAGGAGCACGAAGGCAGGGCAUUGCAUGGCGAGCACUCGGAUAGUGGUCGCUCUCGUUCGCAUUCAUCGGACGUAUCUACGAGCGAUUCAUCCAGUGACGAAGGUGAAAGUGCGGACGAGCUUGAUAGGAAAGAGGAGGAGGAGUAUGAUGAAUCAAAGUAUACUGGCCGUCCAACAACACUUCUUGCCGAAUUACAAAUGAGGAAACAUGAGCUUAAACAACGGAACCGGACAGCUGCUACCUCCUUCCCCAAUGGAUUGCACUCGACUCUCUUGCAGCUGGAUGCAGUCGCCCAGGCACAAAGUCGACAACGACGACAAAAGCGAGUCACGCUUGCUUGGGACACACAAGCCACCAACGAGGCUGACGAAGCCGAUGACGAGGAUAUCCCUCUUGCUAUGCUGUACGCUAGCAAGAAUCCUGCUUUGGAAGAACGGCCGCUUGGUCUCAUGGAGCGCCGAGAUAUGGAAGAAAAUGAGCCGUUGAGUAAACGACGUGCGCGAUUACGAGGAGAAGUCCCCGAAGCACCGCCUAAUAAACGUUCCAGUACCAUGCUGCGUGUGCCAGCUGCUGAAUCCGAUAGUGAAAACGAAGGGGAAACACUUGCCCAACGUAUUCGCCGUCUCAAAGCCGAGAAGUUGGACAAAUCCAAAAGCAUAAUCUCUGCGGAGUUUGAAAGCGAGAUCAUGACCGAGCUUGGAAAGCUACAUGAACCUGUUGAUCCGGUUGUGCCUGCGCCUAAGAAAACACAGACGCCAUCCAGGCCUCGGGAACCUGCUGCAGAGGAAGAGGAAACUCUGGGCCAGCGGAGAAAGCGGUUGCAGGCAGAGGCGCGGAUACGAAAGACUCAGAGCACCGCCGACAUGAAUGCCCGCAGAAGCAUGGCAGAUAUUCUCCAAACAUAUCCGAGUCAACACGCAUAUGGAGCUUCGGUUGAUCACACGCAGAAUGCCCACGCUUCCUGGAACCCGAGAACAGCAUAUCAACAUAACCGGGUGUCUACCAUGUACACCCUUCCUCCCAGUAUGAUGUACCAAGCUGGCUUUGGACAGGUACCCGGGCAUGACCUUCAGGCAGCCCAUGGAAAUCAUGCUUACAAUACGUCUUUCAUGCCCAAUGCCCAGAUGGGUAUGAACGUCGGCUUUGCUCCCGGUCUGCCUCCCCUAGGUUCUGCUCAAAUGAACCCAGCGGACGUCGACCCUCGGCAGCGAGAUGUCAUUGACCGGUGGCGGCAGAGCGUCACUGGCCUUUAG